AUUAGUCUGAGCCGAAGGGAAGCGACGCCUGAGAGGAGGUAAAUCUCACCGGUGGCGAGGAUCAUUGAUUUAUUAUCUGCAGGACGGGAGCGGAGUGAGUAAACUGCGCCAAAAAACAAAACUGAACAAUGUCAGAACAACGGAGUAUUUUACCUGACGAGCAGGCCUUCGCCGAAUUCAAGAAGCAGUGCUUCUCAACCGAGAACUGGCAGAACAAAUAUGACAGAAACGGCAUGCAGGUGUGGAUGGAAGUGCUGCAGGCUGCAAACAAGGGGAACAAUGUUCCUAAAGUCCACAAGAUAAAGUGCAAGAUGGUGAUCAAAGAUGUGUCGGCUGCCACCAUGUACGAUGUCCUUCAUGAUGGAGAGUACCGCAAGAAGUGGGAUUUCAACAUGCUGGAGGGUUAUGACAUUGCCAGGCUUUCUGAGAAUGCAGAUGUGGGCUACUACUCUUGGCUUUGUCCGAAGCCAAUAAAGAACAGAGACGUUGUGACUCUGCGUUCGUGGAAGGUGACGAAUGACGAGUACAUCAUCAUUAACUUUUCAGUCAAACACCCGAAAUACCCGCCCUACAGUCAUCUCGUCAGAGCCGUUUCCAUCCAGACCGGAUAUUUCAUCAAAUCCACGGGACCAAAUAGCUGUACGUUCAUCUACCUUUCACAAGCGGACCCAAAAGGUUCUCUUCCAAAGUGGGUUGUGAACAAAGCAUCUGAAGUCCUCGCCCCUCGGGUGAUGAGGACCGUGCACAAGGCAGGACAGAACUAUCCGGGCUGGAAGCAGGAGAACUCUCCCAGCCUGAAGCCGUGGCUCCACUCGGAGCAGAGCUCCCUCCCCAUGAUGAACCCCGCCGAACUGUCCAUACAGAGAACGGACUCGCUAGAAAACGUGGACGAAAGCUCCAAGGUGGACGCUCAGGACGGCGAGGACAGCAGCUAAAACUCACACAGGGGGAGGAGCGUGGGACUUGAACUGUAUAUAUAUACAUUUUUUAUUUUUAUUUUUUAAAAGACAUUUGGACUCUAAACUCUGUUGCUCAAAUCAGCGUGCCUUAUUUUUAGAUUGCACAGAGCGUGACGUGUUUACGGGUGUCUUUACGAGACAAAAGGAGCACAGAUCAAGUUUUCAUUCACCUCGAUCCAGCUGAGCUGCUGCACCGAGUCCGAGGUGGUGGGCUUUUACUGGGACUGUCGGAGCACUGCAACAAAUCCUGCCAAACUUAUUUUGUACGUUUAAUUUAAUAUUUCAUCCAUGAAGAAUACAAAAACAUAAAAACAUGGCUAUCUACUGACUUAAAUGUUAGUUGUUUUAGUAAUUGGAGAAAACUACCUUCACUUGUUAAAGCUCCCGUUUUUUCCUAAAAGCUAUAAACAUCUCAAAAGUUGCCACAUUUACCAGCAGAAUUAGAUUUUUAUUGUUCUUGUUAAAUUCUGACCUUGAUUUCUGCACCCAGCGUGUCUUGAAAACUAAAGAUUUGCCACAAUUGACCCAGAUGUGAAGAGCAAAUGCUAAACUCUCAUUGGCUCUGACAGAAGGAUGGUUAAAGUCUGAAACUGUAAAUAGUUUUAUUUUGCCUGAACAAUUGGAAUCACCAUAACUGGUGUAUUUUAUAUUUUUAUUGUAUUUAUUCUAAGCUGAAGAAGUCAGGACGACUCCAUGAUGAAGCCCUGCAGGCUGAGACUUUUUUCUUUUUUUCUUGGACAAUUCGAAGACGCUUGCAGAUUUGACGUUUUACAAAUAAACCUGAAGAGCUUUGGAAACCUUGCUA